AAAUAUAAAAACAAGAAAUUGGAGGAUACGGGAAUUCUCGGUCACCCAUUGAGCAGCAACCAAUCAAGAUCUAGAAUUUCAGAGAAAAAGAGAAGUCAAAUUGAGGGCAUGGUUGUCUCUGGUGGCUUUUAUCCAAUCAACCUUCAUGAUUCAGACAGAGGGAGUUAAUUUUGGUAAGCUUUCGGCUCUUAAAUGCUCAAGGGGAUACCUUUGUUUGUCAUGACAAAACUGGGUGAAGACUCCAUCUUUUUGUCACCUCUUUCUAUAUAUCUGAUCUGAAGGAAGAAGCGGGAACUCAAGGGAGAGAGCGCUCAGUUCUUGUUCUUCGUAGGUUCUUGUUAGAGUUGCAACAAAACAGAGGACAUCAACCUGCAGAAUAAAUCUCUCACACAAUGGAUCAACAAAGUACUCAACUUCUCUUGAUCAUCAAGGCUACCAGAAAUGGCCUUGAGUUGGUGAGAUCAGUCUCUGAUAAGCAUCUUGAUCUUUUGAGGUCAACCACUCGAUAUAUUUCAGUAGUUAAAGGGCAAGUAUCCGAUGCUGUGGGGCGUGAAAAGGGCAAGUAUAUCCUCAUUCGAGAUCUGGAAGAAUCCCAAUUAGGGAUUUACGACAAGCCCCUUCCAUGCUUUGGCUGUGGGAUAGGAUGGUUUUCAUUUCUUUUAGGUUUUGUGUUUCCACUUCUUUGGUACUAUGGGACGAUUCUCUAUUUUGGAAAUUACUACAGGAGGGAUCCUAGGGAGCGAGCAGGGCUGGCAGCCUCAGCAAUUGCUUGCAAAUUGCAAAGGUUCUCUUAUGUGUCUUAAAAGUAGUAUAAUUUGUUAAUGUCAUUGCAGGCACUGGCUUGUACUGUAGUGUUGCUGGUCAUAGCAGCUAUUCAUUUCUUUUAGCCACUGCGACUCUGUUCCUGGGAUGUUCCUAGCAAAUUGUGAGCAUCACAAAAUUGAACUAGAAUUGCAAGGACAUGUAGAUAACACGGCUCAAGAGACGGGGGGAAAAGCAUAUAAUUCAUAGAAUACUCCCCAAAAAUUUGAAGACUAGAUGAGAUGAUAAAAAUCCAAACGCCCUUUUCACAAAGAUUCUGCAUUUGUAUGUAAUAGAUGCCAAGAAAAUUUGUAUUUCAAACUGGUAAAUGUCUAUGACAGUUAAUUUGAAGCUCGUCCAUGGUCCAAACACAUGCAUACAUAUAUAUAUAUAUAUAUAUAUAAUUCCACUUCA